GUUUUUUUGUUCCAUUCCAGGGCAGGCCGGGGACCAAUUCUCUGCCCUCCCUGGAGCCGGUCCUGCCGCUCGGCCCCGCUCUCGCCAUCGCCCGGGAGGGACGGAGGAAGAGAGGGGCAGAGCCGCCGCAGACCCCCGCCCCGAGCCCCGACACUUAGUUCCCCGGAGAUUCCCAGCGGGAGUCUAAGGGCGGGCGGGGGGCUGCAAGGGGGGUGCCCAGCGACAGUCCGGCCCUGCCCGGCCCUGCCCAGCCGGCCGCUGGAAGCGAGAGGUUCAGGGCAAUCGGCCGGGGAGGAGGAGCGGAGGAGGGGAGGAGGAGGAGGAGGAAGGAGGGAGCCUGCCAGCCCAGCCAACUAGGAGGGCAGACAGCGAGGGAGGCCGAAGGGAGCCGGCGAGAGGAUGGAUUUUCAGCAGCUGGCCGACGUCGCCGAUAAAUGGUGCUCUAACACCCCCUUCGACCUCAUCGCCACCGAGGACACGGAGAGGAGGAUGGAUUUCUACGCGGACCCCGGCGUCUCCUUCUACGUGCUCUGUCCCGACAACGGCUGCGGCGACAAUUUUCACGUGUGGAGUGAGAGUGAAGACUGCCUACCUUUCUUGCAGCUGGCACAAGAUUACAUCUCCUCCUGUGGCAAGAAGACCCUCCAUGAAGUCUUGGAAAAAGUCUUCAAGUCUUUCAGACCUUUACUGGGGCUUCCAGAUGUAGAUGAUGACACAUUUGAAGAAUAUAAUGCAGAUGUGGAAGAAGAGGAACCGGAAGCCGACCACCAACAAAUGGGUGUCAGUCAGCAGUAAACUUCUGAGGAGUAAUUACAGAUUAAAGAUGUCAACCCCUUGGGGCCAGGUGGGGUCGUAUGCUCCUGUGUUAUAGCGUUUUGCAUUAGUGCAUUGCAACGGCAAUUCUGACUCCCAGCAUCAGAGUUAAAAUGAAUUCCAGUUUUAACAACCACAAAAUAUCUGUGAUGAGCUUUGCUAAGAAGUGGCCUGAAUUUCACUCCUGCUUCAAUGGGGUUUCUCUGGAGGCGUCUCAGCUUUUUGCCAUUUAAAAUUUAGAAUCCGUUUCAGUUGGUGACAUCUCUUUUAGUUUUGUAUUUGAGAAUUAAUUUUCAUUGACGUGAAUGUAGAGUACUCUGAAUGUACCAAGGAUGGAGAUAAAGUGCUCAAGUGACCUGACCAAGGGAAAGCAACACCAGUUUACUAUUUAGUGGUUAACUGCAAAAGUGCACAAAAAAUCUUGGGGAGGGGAAGGGGAAAGCAAUUACUGGACUGGGUCCUAUGGAAUGGGGAAAUCAAUAUAAAUGUGUGUUAAACUGAGAUUUGUAGCAGCAGGAUCCUUAUUUUAGCAAAAGCAUUACAUGGUUGCUCUUCCAGGCAAAAGUGUCAGUUCCAAAGGCACUUGUUGAUAGUUGGAAAAAAAAAUGGGAAUGGGGAAAUAACUGAGUGAUAUCAAGUGAAACUUGAUAAAGCCAUCUAGGACGUCACCCAUUCUUGCCUUUUCUGUAAUGUUCAUCUGCUUUUAAAGAAAUGACCACUUGUUAGAGAUGCUAGAGGCAUCUGAAAUUUAAGUGCCAUUUAAACUCUAAAGCCAUAGCUUAAUUUAAUAGGGAAAUAAAUUGAUAUCAGUCCUUGGAAAACAAUCGUCACUUUUGAGUUCAGUUUUUACCUAUUAACUAUCAGAGAGUAGGAAGUAUUGCCUUGAAAAGCAGCAGUUUAAUACUGAGUGCUGUUAACUACCAAAACUGCAUCUAAAAUUUUGGGGAAAAAAGAUCUCUGUAUUAGAUUGGAUCCUAAGGAAUGGUUUGAGAAUAAAAGGAUUCCAUUAUAUAAUUUACUAUACUAUUUUAGAUUAUGCUUCUAAAUGCCUCAUUUUAGCCAAUUUUUAACAUUAAAUGAAGUUCACAAGGCCUUUUAAUUCAGGAUCCGAUUUCUUAAGAUGAUAAAUUUCAUUGAACAAAAUAUGCUUAGUUCACAGGAACAACUGAUAUGAAACAUAUUGAAACCCUGCUGUUAUCAGUAGCUCCCUUCAAAGGUCUUUAAAAAAAGAUUUCAAAAGCUAAUGUGCUGUUAGUGAAGUGUUCAUUUUCUGAGUAGAACCUCCUUGUGAUUUUUGGUUCUAAUUCUUGGGAUGAAGAAUACCUCUUUUUCAACACAAGGUAAAACUUUCAUUAUCUGGGAUGGAAAUAUUUUUGAAUGUGCACAGAAAUGUGACUGCUACAAUGUAAAAGUCUUGAAUUAAAAAAAUAGAAAAGCUACCAAGCUUAUUGAGAUUUUGUAAUUCUUUUGGCAUGCAGGCUUAACAAUGAUAGUUGUGAUACACUUUUAGGGAUUAUUCAUUUGAGAGUUGUGGGUGUGUACUCUCUAAUAAUGCAGUUUCCUUUCCAAAUUCUGGUGAAAUUCUAGUUGUUUCCAUUCCUGCUUUGUUGUACGUGUUUUUCUUUCCACUUCAUCAAUCAGUCAAUCUAUGGUAUUUAUUGAAUGCUUACUGUGUGCAGAGCACUGUGCUAAGCACUUGGGAGAGUACAACAGAGUUGGUAGAUACGUUCCCUACCCACUAGGAGUUUUCAGACAAUAAAUUGUCUAGAGUCAUCAAGCAAUAUAUUACAUUUUAAUUUCAAACACAACUCCCUUUCCAGCAGCCUGUUUUUAAAACUUUAGCAUUCCAUUCAGUGGACUCUGAUGUGGUGUGAAUUUGGCUACUUCUGCUUGUGUUUUGAGGGACUUUUUAAAUGAGCAAUUAAGUAUUCGUGUGGUGUAAAGCCAAUUUAAAGCUGUACACUGGGUAGAUAUUUCCUGUAUUCAUCAGCUCCUCAUCUAAGCACCAGAGGCCAGAUGAAUGACUUCUGCAAGUGUGUAAGAAGUGUGUCCAAAGGAUAUAUACACUAAGCUCAUUAGAGUGAACUGGAUUUUAUAUGUAGAUGAUGAAAAUAUAAAUUUACAUACAUAUUAAAAGCAAAUGGGCAUUAAUAUAGUAUGUAUUUUCUCAAAAAGGUGGGUUGGACUUGACCAAAUACAUUUCUAUAUUAUCUCAUUAACAUUAUCUGGGCAGUGAACUAAAACUAAUAAUCUAGUGGACCAACAAGGACUCUAACCCUCUAACCCAUGUCAGCAGACUGGGCUCAAACGGUUAUUUACUCUUUCUCAAAGCAAAGCAGAUUGGGGAAGGCCCAAAAAGGCUGUGGUAAAUUCAGACUCCUUCCCUCUAAUCUUUUCUAUGAACAGAGCAUCCACCGAAGCUGAGGGAGUAGGGGAGAGGGGCUUUGAAGAGACAAACGCUUUUUUUGAUCCACCCAGCUUUCCACACUCCACUCCACUGAAUCUGUGGGCAGCCCACCUGCUGCCUUGGCAUCAGAAAUGGGGAUUUAUGAAGGAAAAAUUUGCUGAUAUAUCUCCAAGCAUUUAAACAUGUAAAAUAGCCUCCUCCCUGGGGAUCAUGUGCAGGAAAGCAGUGAUUGGAAAACCUAGUGGGGAGGGUGGAACUCUAAUUCCCUACCUUUGCCUGGGUGAUGCACUUUGAGCCCUAUCCCUGAGAAGGUGAGAAGUUGGUUGCCCAGAGUGACCGGCAGAAUGGUGAAAACGGGAAGAGGUCAGAGAGAGGAUAGUGAAGAGGGAUUUUGUGUUUUUUGGAACAGUGGCUUAUCUAGAGUUAAUUCUGUAAACUAAUUUCUGUGUUAUCCUAAUAACAAUGCUUUUGGUGGGGUGUGGCUCCUUGUAGGGGCUUUAAGGGUCCUUAUUCUUCUUGUGGCCAUAAUCACACCUACUUCCUUGGUGCUUCUCACUGGGUUGUCCCGCUUGCUGUUUUGUGUUGGGAGUUUGUGAGGUGGGAAACGCACACACCAUAUUACUCCUCAUGGCAGUUACUGUCAUGUUGCCUCAUUAACCUGGCAGCCCUUCCCUUCCACCAAGCACCAACUAAAUUUCUGUCUAUUGUGUGCAUGUUGUCAACCCCUGGGAAAGUGGGCUGGGGAGCUGCCUGUAGAGGCACAAAGUCACAGAGCUUUGAUGAGAUUUUCCGGAGCACAGCUAUAAUGUAAGACAUUUGGAGCAAGGGAACCUGGGGGCUGAAAGGACAAAAAUCUGACCUUCACUUUGCUACUUUUGGCAAGGCUUGGGCAUCAUGGCUGCUGCUGGUGGUUUUUGGGAAGUGGUGGAAAUCAAACAUGUGAGAUUCAACCUUGGAGAGGGUUCUCCACAACCUUUGUAGGUGACUCUGUUUUUCUUUAACCAUUUUGGCACAGGUGGGGUAAGGAACCAAUAAGUAGGGUGAUGGCUGGUACUAAAGGAGAGCUAGGGAGACUGAUUAGAGCCCCAGCAUACUUUCCAUGUCAUGAAGAAAGGAAGAGCCAGUCUGGGUUCAUAGUUACUCUUGGCUUUAGGAGACAUCAUCCAUCAUGGCAGAGACCCUUGCCAUGACAAAACAAGGAAGAUGCUGUCCCAUUAGGAUUGCCCCAAGCAUCAGUACAGUCAGACCCAAACAGAAACAUAGAUGGUCUCCGAGGAGUACCUGGUGAUUCAGGUAAAAAAUUCCGUGGCUCAGUGCAAAAGACCACAGACCCAGAGUCAGGAAAUCUGGUUCUAAUCCCAGCUCUGCCACCUGCCUGCUGUGUGAUGUGAAAGUCACUUAACUUCUCUGGGCCUCAGUUUCCUCACCUGCCAAAAUGGGGCAAGAUACCCAUUCACCAUCCCGCUUAGACUGAGCCCCCUUGUGGAAUACAGCUGUGGCCGAUAGGUUUAUAUUGUAUCUACUUCAUCACAUAGUACAGUGUUUGUCAUGUAAUAAGCAUUUAAACAAAUGUCGUCAUUAUUAAUUUAGAUUGUUUCAGUAUCUGGAGGAGUACUGUAGUUUGUAGAUGAGCCUGAAAUGGGAGCACCUCCAGUCCUAUUUAUUGGGAAGGGCUUACUGCUAAGGAAUCUAGUUCCUGAGUUAGUGUUGGCAGAGGUGAUAUCAAAGAUUUCAAAUCACUUGAUACAAGGAAUAAUUAGGUUGGAGAGUAAGCCAUCUCAAAUGCCAGCCAAAGGCCUCUCAUUAAAGAUGGGAGGUGCCAAGCCUAAGGUGAGAAUCAGUGAUUUUUUAGAUUUUUUUCUGACACUUUCCAAAUUGCCUGAUUGGCAGAUGUAGAGCAUCUGAGGAAAACAUUUCCUUAAAUGCCAGGCUAUGCUGUCUGUGACCAACACAUUGUGACCAAUCAUUGACUGGUGUAUUGGGUUUGCAGUAUCUUUAUUUUUAUUAUGGCUUCAAAGAGAAAGACGUUGAAAGGUGUUCCUGCUUGAAAUGGUGGCAUUGGCAGUCCAAGCUCAGAUGCAAUCCAAAAUGGUCCCAGGAAGGGCAUUCAUUUGCUUAGUGAGGAUUUGUGACAGUUGGUUGAUCCUGAGAGAGAUCUGAAAAAUUAUCCUGGAAAGAAAUGCAUUUUGUUGAACUUUUAAAAAAAACCCUCUUUUUCUGCAGUUACAUUCUGUUUAGGAGAGCAGAGAGCUAGGUGGUAAUAUUCUACAUAGAAGAUACCAGCUUUCCUCUUUGGAGAGUGAAAUAAAUUUUCAGGACUGGAUAAAUUUUAAAUAAUCUUUGUCAAGCCUUAAUUUAUGGAUGCAGAGAUUAAUUCAACUAGUCAGAAAUAAAGUUAAAAUAACUGAACCAUUUGCCAAUUAGGAACUUUUCGUUUAAGGUUUCUUUUUUUUCCUCGGAAAUUUCUCUUGAGCAUUACAAAACUGUGAAAUGGGUUGCCAAAAAUGUUUGCCUUUGUUAGAAAGUGUGAACUCUCUAUGGAACCUUCUCCAUCAUUGCUUUUCUAUUCCCUUUUAGAAACCUGGACAUUAAAUUCAACAAUGUAGUUGUCCCAUAAACCUGCAUUAAAGAAUGUACCAAACGUU